UGUGGGUGCCUCUCCUUCCCCCCAACCUGGAGCUCUCCGUUUCUUUAGUUGGGGGAGGGGGAAAGGAGCGAGAGGAGGACUCCCUAGCUGCUGCCGACGCAUUCACGUGUGCCAGGAGGCUGGUGCAGCAUCUCGCCGAGCAGAUCUCUCCGGGUGGAAGGAGAGGGAGAGGGAGAGAGGCUGCGGUGGCAGCAUGCGCGGCGCGGAGAACAAGUUCAGCCUCAGGACAAGUCCUGAGUGAGCACAGCAUCUCGUGAGCAGGGACAACUCCUUCCGCUGUCUGCAGCUGGCUUUAACUCGCUUCUCAUCCUUCCGUCCCUGAGGUGAACAGGGAGGUGCCAUGGAGCAGCUGAUGAAUCUCCUCUACCUCAACUUGUCGGAGCAGCAGCUUAGGCUGCUGGAGGAGAACGAGAUGUCUUGCAGUGACUCUGUGGGCAACGGCACCUUCCUGAUCGUGGCUUACAGUGCGGUCAUUGCAGUGGGACUGAUAGGCAACCUCUGCCUGGUGUGUGUCAUCGUCCAGCAGAAGGAGAUGAGAAACGUCACCAACAUCUUCAUCGCCAACCUCUCCUGCUCGGACAUCCUCAUGUCCCUUGUCUGCAUGCCCGUCACGGUCAUUUACACCCUGAUGGACCGCUGGAUCUUAGGAGAAGUCCUCUGCAAGGCCAGCCCCUUUGUCCAGUGCAUCUCGGUCACUGUCUCCAUCUUCUCCCUCGUCUGGAUUGCCCUGGAGAGGCAUCAGCUCAUCAUCAAUCCGACUGGGAGGAAGCCAGCUGCCAACCAUGCGUACCUGGCCGUUGCCUUUACCUGGGUGGUCGCCUGCUUCAUCUCCCUGCCCUUCCUGUCCUUCACCAUCCUGACCAAUGAGCCCUUUCAAAACUUAAGCCUUCCCAUCGACCCCUUUGCCAACCACAUGGCCUGCAUUGAGCACUGGCCAUCGGACCAGCACCGCCUGGCCUACACCACCUUCCUCUUGCUUUUCCAGUACUGCCUGCCCCUGCUCCUCAUCAUGGCCUGCUAUUUCCGCAUCUUCCUGCGCCUUCAGCGCCGCAAGGACAUGGUGGAGCGUGCCAAGGAUGGCUCCCGGGCCACCAGCCACAGGAAAGUCAACAUCAUGUUGGCUUGCAUCGUCGUUGCUUUCGCCGCAUGUUGGUUUCCCCUCACUGUCUUCAAUGCCCUCUACGACUGGGACCAUGAGAAGAUCUCGGUGUGUUACCACAACUUCAUCUUCUCCCUCUGCCAUCUCAUGGCCAUGGCCUCCACUUGCAUCAACCCCAUCAUGUAUGGCUUCCUCAACAGCAAUUUCCAAAAGGAAGUCAAGGCGUUGCUGUAUCGCUGCAGCUGCAGCAAUGAGAAGGACAAGUAUGAAAGCUUUCCUCUUUCCACAGUCAGCACCGAGAUCUCCAAGGCCUCACUCCACAGUGGGGUUGGCACCAAUACCCAUGCAUGACUCCCAGGAUGCCAUGCAGUGCCUUCAAACAGCCACCAGGCCCUUUUUCAGCAUUGAACAAAACUGGAAGUAUCUCUGCUGUUUGCAUAUUUCCAAUCCUCUGGUAAUGCCACCACAACCCCUGUCUCAAAAAAAAUUGUAUCAGGGAUCAUCUGCAAUUAUGUGGGGGAGCCUACUUCAAGCAAUGAACAUGUAUCGUGAUAGGGAGGGAAUGACCCCGUAGGUUGGAGAACAGCGUGUUGUGAGUUCUAAUCCUGGCUUGACCAUCAUUUCUUCUCUUUGACCCUGAGCCCAAAUAUUUCACUCACCUAAACAUUUGAAGCUUUGAAAAUGUCUUUGAGAAUACAGUUGUACCCCACUAAAAUGGAGGGAGAUUGUAAGUGAAAUGUGUGGAAAUAACUAAGCAACCUAUAGGCUGCUUAACCUCUCAAGAAGAUCCAAGAGCCCCUAAAACAAAGCAAUGGUCCACAUCUUUUAAGCCAGUGGUCUUCAACACCAAAGGGCACCUUAGAAAUAAAACGUCACAAAUGGUUCUUCAGAUAGAAGAUCAAUAACGGCAAGCAAAUGUUUCCUUGAAAAAAAACCUCCAGCACUCCUGACCUUUUAAUGCUAGAUGCAGCUUCAGGAGAAAGUUGGAUGUGUUCUAGGUUGAAUUCUCCAUUCAGGUGGGCCAGCCUGGGCCCAGCAGGCCUGGCCACUACCCUGCAUGAACUAAAUGUGCUCCCUGGUACAAGGGCCGUAGCUCUGUGCUACAGCAUCUGUUUUGCAUGCAGAAGGUCCCAGAUUCAGUCUCUGGCAUCUCCAGGUAGGGCUGGGAGAGACUCCUGCCUGAAAUCCUGGCUAGCCGCUGCCAGUCAGUGUAGAUGAUAUUGAGCAAGAUGGACCAGUGGUCUGACUCAGUAUAAAGCAACUUUCUGUAUUCCCGAAACCUCUGAAAUGCACUAGGAAUCCAUGGUAGAUUUGCAGGGGUUCCCUGGCAAGGGUUUCCUGAAGUUGGAAAAACAGUGCCCCAAAGUAGUCUUCCUCUCCCCCAAAUAGAAUUAUCAUGGUUGAAGAGCUUUGAAAAGUAGAGCUGAUCACAUCCUAAAUGGUUCAGAUGAAAUGACUGUUAUGAAAUAUCUGGGUUAACAUGGCAACAUUUUGAGAGACCCAGUCAUACUGGUGUCCAAGGCAGAUCUUUCCAAAGGCAUCCCUCCCUUCCAAGGUGGUGACAACCUCCUUUUUCCCCAUCUGAAGAAGUGUUCUGCCUCACUCAAAAACUUGCUGUCAUAUCCUCUUAGUUUAGUUGGCUCAACUGAGUCAUUAUUUCAUCGUCUCUCUUUCUUUGGAAUAAUAAUUAAAAAUGUUCCAUAGCAGAAGCAGUUAAAGAGAAUAUGUUGUUCCAAACGGUUCUGCUCUUAUAUUUCCAUUGAAAAUGAAACCAUUUAAUAUAAAUGAAGGACUUGGGAGUUGGGGUGUAUAUUAAGAAGUAGAGCUUUAAGCUUUGAGGGUUUUGAUUUUGAAGAGCUCUGCCUUAAUUUGCCUAUUGGAAUGAUAUGACCAACAAUUCUCAUUUAUUGCACGUUUACUGGGGAAGAAGUGGUGAGCCAGGCUUUGUUUCUAAAACUCUCUGUGUGCAUUAAAAGGAUGAUUCAGUGAAUGCGUACACUGUGUAAUCCAGCUGAGGACAAUGAUGUGCAACUCACUACCCAGCAUUUUUUUCUCAGAAUGGUAUUAACAUUUUAGUCUUAAUAUUUAAAUCAGGAAUGGUCAGAUGCUAACCUUCAGAAUGUGAGCAAAUUUUAAACAGGUGAGGACUUAAUCAGUUUCACUCAUCAGGAUAGAGAAAAGGUUGCAAUAAACAGAGAGACCCCCAUGCUUCAGGGUGACACCUCUCUUUUUAUUUCACAGGUAACAUGCAUGGAACAUGUAAACACUCACAUCUGAGUGUCUUCUUCUGCCUGAGUGCAUAGGCUCCAUAACAAGCUUCCCCAAUAUGGUGUCCUCCAGAUGCUUUGGGGUACAACUCCCAUCAGCCCACCUGGCAUGGGUGUAGAUAGGUUUGGGAAGGUGGACUGAUAAGGGAGAGCCUUGCUGAUAAAUGGCACUAGCUUUAUCACAGAACCGGAGCACUCAUGAGGGUGCAGGUUUGGACAGCACAAUGCAUUUGCACUCCUGCUGUCAGGAGAGGAGAGCAGCCCUCAAGAACAGACUUGCCCUGAUUUAAAGGAAUCUGUGAGGGAGGCAGCGGUGAAUUGAAAUGGCAGCUAGAUGCAUAAUUUGUACAGGUAAAUACAGUUUCUCCCUGCUGUUUCAUUUAAAGAGCUGAUCAGGCAACUGACAGCAUCACUGCUUGUCAGCCUGCCCUAUCUUUAAUGCUACAAAUAACACAGAUGGUAUAUUUGGUGUCUAUGGCUUAUUAACUUGGCACACACAAAAACAUCACUGCUUUCAGCAAAAGUAUCUUUACGUACACCAUGGAAACCCGACACUUUUAGAA